CACCAGAACAGGCUUAAUAUGCCCUCCCCUACCCCAAACACACGUAUAUAAGUAGUGAAAGAGUGAUUUCCCCAGCUCCUGAGCUAUCACUCAUUCGUUGCUUCUCUCUGGGACCUCACACCAUCCCUCCAAGAUGCUGGCAAAGACAGUUACAGGAAACUUUGCCAAUGUGAUUCAUGGUUUGAAUGCAAACCACCUGACAGAUCAAGUCAUUCAGAGAAGCAAGCGAAUGAUUCUGGAUACUCUGGGAGUGGGGCUUCUGGGGACCAGCACUGAGGUCUACCACAAAGUGAAACAGUACAGCAAAAUCUACAGCUCAGAUAUAUCCAGUACCAUCUGGGGCCACUUGGAUUUCCGACUGCCUCCUCUGUAUGCAGCUUUUGUGAAUGGAGUGGCUGUGCACUCAAUGGAUUUUGAUGACACGUGGCAUCCAGCCACACACCCCUCUGGGGCUGUGCUCCCUGCUGUGAUUGCUCUCUCCGAGGCCUUUCCUCAGAAGAAAAAAAUCUCAGGUCUUGACCUGCUCUUAGCUUUCAACGUGGGAAUCGAGGUGCAAGGCAGGUUGCUACGCUUUUCCAACGAAGCCAGGAAUAUUCCAAAAAGGUUUCACCCACCGACUGUGGUUGGUACGAUGGGGAGUGCAGCAGCUUGUGCAAAACUGCUGGCUCUUGACCAGGCGAAAUGCAAAAACGCCUUGGCUAUUGCUGCCUCCUAUGCAGGCGCCCCCCUGGCGAAUGCAGCAACCCAAACGAAGCCCCUCCACAUUGGCAAUGCUGCCAAGCACGGACUGGAAGCAGCUUGCUUAGCCUCCCAGGACCUUCAAGGAAACAAACAGAUCUUGGACAUGGAGUCAGGGAUGGGCGCCUUUUACACAGAUUACAGCCCACAGUCUCUGCCAACCUUGCAGUCCUACGCCUGGCUGUUGGACCAGCAAGACGUGGCCAUCAAGCGCUUCCCUGCUCAUCUUGGAACGCACUGGGUGGCUGAUGCAGCAUCUUCUGCUAGGAGGAAGCUCGUGGAGAGCAGUGACCACGUGCUUCCCCUUGAUAAAAUUGAGAAAGUCAUUGUCAAAGUCCCAGAAGUCAAGUACGUGAACAGGCCCAACCCGAACUCGGAACACGAAGCCCGACACUCCUUCCAGUUCGUGGCCUGCUCUGCUCUGCUGGACGGCAGCAUGUCGGUCCAGUCCUUUGCCAGUGAGAACAUCCACCGGCCAGCCUUGCGGGAGCUUCUCUGCAAAACUCAGCUAGAGCACCCCGCCGAUAACAAACCUAGCUUCGAGAGUCUUUACUGCGAAGUGACUGUCGUGCUUCGGGACGGCAACACGAUUAGCGACCGCUGCGACACCUUCUACGGACACUGGAGGAAACCUCUGGAAAAGGAGGACCUGGAGAAAAAAUUCCAGUCCAAUGCUUCUGAAGUCCUCCCUCCAGAAGCCACAGAAGGCAUUAUAGAGACUGUGUACAACCUGGAAAAAGUAAAGGACUGCUCCAUAUUAAGUAUGUUUUUAUCAGGACAGUCAGCUAGAGCACUUUCAGAGAAACUGCGCUUACUUUGAACUCACAGCUAGAUGCUAUUCGCCAAGCAAACAAAAUUCAGGAAGAGCCCUUAGUGACUCAAGCACUUUUAAAUUGGACUUACUAACACAAGAGCCAUUGUCAGUCCAAUAUUCCAGUUUUUGACUAAGUAAGUAAUUUAGAAAUAACAUGCACGGUUCAGUCAGAGAGGCUGAAGAUCUGCUGGCACAGUCUCCUUCAAUUAUCUUUUUAUCUCCAGAGGCAGAGCACUGCCUGCGUGCUGCAUAAAAGUUUCCCUAGCCUUCUGCCAAAAGAAGUCUGCACGUUCUGCUUCUGCUAAAUCACUUCGCAAAGGAAAUCCAAAUUCUGGAGGAGUAUGGGAAUGCUAUCUCUGUGAGAACCACCACUGUGAGAAGGACAGAAAAUAAGUCUCUGUGUAUUUCUGUACGUUUAGUUAUAACAUAUCCUUGAAGAGGCCACCUGCUACAUCAGAGCUUUGAUGUUUGCAGUAAAAUAAACACACAAAACAGAGUAGUAGCUCUUGAUAGCAAAGCCUGAUGUACUGCAGAGUAUCAAGACCAGAACGUUCUUCAUCAUGCUGCUGCACAGCAAGAGGGACAACUCUACACUCCUACUCCACUCCUAGAAGCGUUAUUUGCAGCCCCAUCUUAUGGCUGCUUAAUAGUACAGGUUUAUUCCUGCUGUACUCCCACUUCAAUUAAAAGGUGCUGGCUCAACAGGAUAUUCACCCCCCACUUCACCCAAUAGCAGCCACUGAGACAAGCACAAACUUUUAACAACUGUGCAUUUAGGCUGUGGGAGGUUUAUUCUUAGUAGGCAAGAAACAGUUUACGGUGAGAGAGGUUGUGGUAAUCCUACGUUUUCCAAUUGCACAGAUCCAGGUGCAAUCCUGGUAAGAGAUAUACUACGCUCUUGUGAAGAACUGCAAGUUUUUAAUAAAAAAACUUCUUCUGCCAUAUUUCAAGUUUAUGCUCAAGUCGUUUGCUUCAGAAGAUUAUCUGUUGUCUUUUUACUUCGAUAACCAUUCCCACUCAGCACCAAUUAGUGAUGCCAUGUGUAGGAAAUUACUGCAGACACUGCAAAUCACAGGCUAUGAGACAUGUAGGUAUCAAGACACUUCUUAUGCUGCAAGCACCAAGUGACCACAGUGGCAAUCUACUCACCUUGGUAACUAAUUCUGGGAAUCUCCAGUUCCCUUGAAACUCACCACUUCUACUUUGACAGGGCCUUGAAAGAUUGUGCUUAUAAGAGAGACUAACUUUUGCCCACGUUUGUAAGAUCAAAGCAGGUGUUGUUAAGAUGUAUGAAGUGUACCUACUUUAGGGCAUUGAAGUAUGUAAAAAAAGAAAUAAAAACACAAAAUGGAGCUACUUCAUUUUAGUAAAAAAAUAUUUUC